CUCCCUCCCACGUCCCAUGUCCCUUCCUGCCAGGCGGGGCUGCGGAGGGAGGGGGCAGCUGUUGUCUCUGCACUUUCUGGCAUCUGUAUUCUUCAGCACCUCUAAUUCGGACAGACAGAACAUGGCAGGAAAAAAAUGGAAUUCCUUUAGAUCUCCAGAAGGCUUCCUGAAAGCACAGAUGGAUCAGCAAGACUCAGCUGGCCCUGAAACUGGAAGAGGCCAGGCCAUGGAAACUGGGAGCAGUGGGGGAUUCUGGAAAAACUCCAUGCAGAAGAUUCUGAGUGAGGGGGACACCCUCCGCUCAGAGGUGCAGAGCCAGCAAUUCAGGCAGUUCUGCUACCCGGAGGCCAAAGGACCUCGGGAGGUUUGCAGCCAACUCUACCACCUCUGUUGUCAGUGGCUGAAGCCAGAAAGGCACACGAAAGCUGAGAUGCUGGACCUGGUGAUCUUGGAGCAGUUCCUGGCUGUCCUUCCCCCGGAGAUGGAGAGCUGGGUGAGGGAAUGUGGAGCAGAGACCAGUUCCCAAGCAGUGGCCCUGGCCGAAGGGUUCCUCCUGAGUCAGGCAGAGGAGAGGAAGCAGGGAAGGAUUAUCUUUGCAGAAAGUGGCCUGGAUUCCUCUGAAGCAGAGAGGACUUUGUCGGACACCAGAGAGAGGCCGCUGGGUGAAAGAAGGAUGCCGGCAAGACCAUCUUUUCAUGGUGACGGAAGGGAAGCAGAGGCAGUGGAAACAGAACAGGGUCCACUGUACUUUGAAGAUGUCGGUGUUUGUUUCACGGCUGAGGAGUGGGCCUUGCUGGAUCCUGCCCAGAGAGCUCUGCAUCAGGAAGUCAUGGAGGAGACUUGUAGGACCAUGAACUCUCUUGGUGGUGAGGAAUUGGAAAAGAAGAACAAGGGAGACCAUGACAAAAUCCACACAGUGAGGAAACCACAGAAAUAUCUGGAGUGUGGAGAGAGCUUCGAUCAGAGCAGCCAUCUCACUUCUUAUCAAGGAAUUCAUACAAGGCAGAAAUCUUAUCAGUGCUUGGAAUGUGGGAAGAGCUUCAGUAAGGAAGAAAGUCUCACUUCCCAUAAAAGAAUUCACAUGGGGGAGAAACCACACCAGUGUGUGGAAUGUGGAAAGAGUUUCAGUCGGAACGCCCAUCUCAUUUCUCAUAAAAGAAUUCAUACAGGGGAGAAACCUUAUCAGUGCGUGGAAUGUGGAAAGUGGUUCACCCAGAAGGAAAGCCUCAAUUCCCAUCAAAGAAUUCACACAGGGAAGAAACCACAUCAGUGUUUUGAAUGUGGGAAGAGCUUUUAUACAAGCACAAACUUUCAUCGACAUCAGAGAAUCCACACUGGGGAGAAACCCAAUCAGUGCUUGGAAUGUGGAAAGAGCUUCAGUCAGAGGUCCCACCUCACUGCCCAUCAAAGAAUUCAUACAGGGGAGAAACCUUUUCAGUGCCAAGAGUGUGGAAAGAGCUUCAAUAAGAGGGCUCAUCUCACUGCCCAUCAAAGAAUUCAUACAGGGGAGAAACCUUUCCAAUGCCAAGAGUGUGGCAAGAGCUUCAGACGGAAGGAAAGUCUCACUUCACAUGAAAGAAUUCACAGAGGUGAGGAACAAUAUAAAUGUUUGGAAUGUGGGAAGAGCUUUAAUACAAGCACAAACUUUCGUCGGCAUCAGAGAAUUCACAGUGGGGAGAAACCUUUUAAAUGCCAAGCGUGUGGAAAGAGCUUCAGUCAGAAGCAAAGUCUCACUUCCCAUCAAAGAAUUCAUACAGGGGAGAAACCAUAUAAGUGUGUGGAAUGUGGAAAGAGCUUCAGUCACAGCUCCACUCUCACUUCCCAUCAAAGAAACCAUUCAGGAGAGAAAUAUCAAGGUAUCAGGGUGGGUGUCAGGACCAGGUCAUCAAUAACUCACACGGUGUCAGUAAAGUUAACUCUCUAUUCAAAGAAAUAAAACAGCUCCGGAGGCCAAACCUAGUGAGCCCAGCAACUCUUUCCAUUAGCACUUGACCCAAUGAAGCAGUUGUGAGGAUCUACGGUCCCCACCUUCCCACAGUUCCUUAAGUCUCCUCCUGCCCCGGUUCCUUCCCAAGCAAUCUGAGACUUCUUUACCUUGUCUGUCUCUGCUCCUCCCUAUUCAUUCCUUUUCUGGUCCUAGAAGAUCAGCGGCAGAGACUCCCUGUUUUUUUCACCAGCCUGACUCAUCUCUGCCUCUUGGUCUCGCUCCUCUCCUGCUUUAGUUUCUGCCUCUGGUUCUGGACUGCUCCCUGCCACAGAGUCUUCCUGCUCACGAAACCCUGUUAGUACUUUAGCUUCUGACACCCCCCCCCCAAGUCUGCUCUCACUUCUCUCUCCAACCACGCAUCAUUGUCCCACCACCAGUCCCCAGUGUCUGAGCUAUCUUCCCUUGGGGGUUCCCCAGCUGAUGCCUCCCCUCCCACCACUCCAGUGUGGUGUAGUGGUUAUGAGUGGUAGACUUGUAAUCUGGUGAACCGGAUUCGCUUCCCCGCUCCUCCACAUGCAGCUACUGGGUGACCUUGGGCCAGUCACACUUCUCUGAAGUCUCUCAGCCCCACUCACCUCACAGAGUGUUUGUUGUGGGGGAGGAAGGGAAAGGAGAAUGUUAGCCGCUUUGAGACUCCUUUGGGUAGUGAUAAAGCAAGAUAUCAAAUCCAAACUCUUCUUCUUCUUCUCUAUGACACAGUGUUUGGAAUGUAGAAAGAGCUUUAAUACAAGCACAAACUCCCAUAGUAAUCAAAAUAUUCACUGUGGGGAGAAACCAUUGCCAUGUGAGGAGUGUUAAAAGAGGUUCUGGUUACAUAUCCUGUUGGUAAACUAGGGUGGAAGCUGUCAAGCCCUCCUCCGGGCUCCCAAGGAUCCUCAGAAAAGCAUGAAUUCUCCAGAGACUCCUGGGGAGCCCGGCUCUCAGAGAAAGUUGGAGUUCUUGUCAGUGCAGCAUCACGUCUGAAUUGAAAUCUCUCUCUGCCUCUUGAUGUUACACAGGCCCUGUGGCUCCACACUUUGUUCAGGCAAUCCUUUCUAGAUGCAUAGAAAUUGAUGUGCUUUAAUCUUAUGCUGUUAAUUUUAAUGUAUUUAUGAUUUUGAUUUUAAUAUUGCUCUUUAAAUGUUUUUAAUUGAUAAUUUUAACUUUUCCAGUUAAACUGGUUAAAUGUUUUGUUACCAUCAAGUGGUAUUUUAUUCAAUAGAAAUAUUUAUUCCAAUAGAAGUAAAUCAGGGGUGCCCAAACUUUUUUCAAAGGGGGCCAAAUUUGAUGAAGUGAACAUGUGUGAGGGCCGGCCAAAGUUGUUGAGCUUUUUUUAGGAUUGCUGAGCGUUUUUGGGGAUUUUACCCCAGGACAUAUACUGCCACGGGGGCCAGAUUAAAUCAGCAGUAUUAGGCCCCUGAAACGGACUUUGGACAUACCUGAAGUAAAUAAAUCCCACCCCCAUGGGUGGGUGUGUUAGAAACCUGUUUUGGGGGGGGGGGGAAUGCUUGCACCUGGGACUUCUUCCCCAGCCAAAGUAUGUAAGAAAUAAGGAGUGCUUUCUUCGUGUGCCUGUUCCCUGACAUUAACAGAGCAGCUCUUUUUUGGAUCAUCAUCAGACUUGGGAGUUGGCCUAAGCAAUGAAGCAUCCUGGGAUCAGCCUCUCUCUUUGACCUGGCUCGUUUCUGGACAUGAAAUGAAAGACAAGAGUUCCUGACUCUCCAGACUUGAUAGAGACUGACCACGUAAAGACCCCGAAGCAACAUCUUUCCUUCUUUUUAAUAUUUAUUUUUGCUUUGUUUAUUAUACGACAUUUGUUGGAGUUUCAGGCGGAUGGGAUCCUAGUUGCGGAGCUUUCCUGGAAGCUGGUGUGGCUGGAUUUGGCUGAGGUUGUAGAUCUUCAGAUGUAUUCUUAGGACAUCAAGUGUCAUGUCUGAAGCAGGGGGCGCUCCAAGUCCCAGCAAAGGAGAGGCAGUGAAAGAGGCUCAAGCUCCCUGCUCUCAAGAGAAUCUUCAAGGCAGCUCAUGAAAAUGUGACAUUUGGAGCUAUAUUAACUUUUCCCAUAAAGGAAAAGGUAUUUGCAGAAUUAAGUUUGUGUUGUUUAUAUGCGACCUUGUCAAAGAAACUGCAGCUCUUUCUAUUGGGUGCCCUUCAGAUUGAAAAAUCUGUCCCUGAGUAUACAGUACAAUGAAACAUGAGAGGCAUUUUGGGUCUCAAUUAGUACUAGUGUUAAAAGCCCUGAUUUAAUUGGAACCCAAGUACUUUAAAGUAUGCAUGCAUGCAUGUAUGUAUUAGAAUUGUAGAGUUGGAGGGACCCUGAAGGAAGUCCAAGGAAGGAAAGUCUGCCACCUUCCAAGGGAGUCUAUACAUACCUAGAUAAUAUUGUGGGAAUUACACAAGAUACACUUUUUAAAAAAAGUUUUUUAAAGUUUAAAUAACAAAUAACUUUUACUCAGUGUACUUGCACUUGUUAGAUUAAAUGUACAAGGCAGGGAGGUGUUACUUGUGUAGCUAAAACAUUUUACAUGCAUUUGUAUCCAAGGCAAAAACUGUUACAGAUGGACAAACUCUGAGGCAGAACAGAAGCUGCCCCAAGUGACAUCACUCCCUCCGGCAGAAGGCAUAUGACAUCACAGAAUUCUUUCCUGGAAAGCAUUAACCCUUUGCUAAGCAUUUUGGAUGCUUUCCCACAUUCGAAUCUAUUUAUACCUAUAUAGCUACACACAUACACACAAUACAGAAUAGAAACAUAUCAAAAUAUACCGGUAUUCGGUACAAAAUAAACUGAUUAACAAUAAGAUCCCAACACUGCAUGGCAGCUGUUGAAACUACUGCUGAUCAAUUUUAAAGCCUGAUUUGUUGUGUUUUGUUGUAUUAUUGUGUGCAGUUUGCUGUUGCGUUGUGUUUUUAGUGUGUAAAAUGCAUUGUAAAUUGGUUUUGAAAAUAAAUAUUUCUGUGAACCAUAUAAACAAAGGAAGCAACAUCCUAUUCCUGUUUUAACUAUAGAAGCAACUUCACAUUAUCAAAGAAAUUGACCAUAACAGAUUGGAGGGCUGAGCGCAAGCUAACAAAAUGAAUUUCAAUAGGGACAAAUGAAAGGGACAAAUGCAUCAGUACAAUAUAAGAUGGGGGAUACCUGACUUACUAGCAGUACGUGUGAAAAAGAUCUAGGGAUCUUGGUGGACCACAAGCUGAACACGAGUCAAUAGAAUCUGAAGAAUGGUAUCUGAGGAAGUGUGCAUGCACACGAAAGCUUAUACCCAGAACAAGCUUCGUUGGUAUCUAAGGUGCUACUGGACCAUUUAUUAAUUUAUUUCAAAUGAGUCAACCAUGUGAUGCAUCAGCAAAAAAAGCGAAUGAUAUUCUAGGCUGCAUCAACAGAAGUCUAGUGUCCAGAUCAAGGGAAAUAAUAGGAUCUAAUAAGUGUUGGGAAUGUAAAGAAAUAGAGGGUAUGUUUUAUCAUAUGUGGUGGGAAUGUAGGAAGGUUAAAAGUUUUUGGGAAAUUGUUUAUAAUGAAAUGAAAAAAAUGUUCAGAGUAACCUUUGUUAAAAAACCAGAAACCUUUUUAUUAGGUAUUGUAGGAGCGGAGAUUCCAAAAGACUAGGAAAAAUUGUUUAUGUAUGUUAUGACAGCCGCCCAGAUACUGUUAGCCCAAAGAUGGAAAGAGGAAGAAGUGCCGACCAAAGAAGAUUGGCAAACCAAGUUAAUGGACUAGGCUGAAAUGGCGAAACUAACCGGAAAGCUCAGAAAUCAAGAUGACAAGAAAUUUUAAAAAGAAUGGGAAAUGUUUAUUAUGUAUUUGCAAAAGUAUUGUAAACAGGUUAAUACAUUGGCAGGAUUUUAAGAACACUUGUAAUUUUUAGAAUAUAGGAAAUUUGAGGUAAAAAUAAUAAUUUGGAGUAGAAAUGACAUGCAAUUGAAAAGGGAAUUUAAGGAACCGGGGGGGGGGGGGAGUCACAGGAUUAGGAGAAUCUGGAUUUGAUAUUGUUGUUGUGUAUAAUUUUCUUCUUUCUUUGUUGUUGUAUUUUUUGUAUGUGUCUAAGUGUGUAAUAUAUAUAUAUACCAUGUUUCUCCAAAAAUAAGACCCCGUAUUAUAUUUAUUUUUCCUCAAAAAACCCCACUAUGGCUUAUUUUUAGGGGGUGUCUUAUUUUUUUCCUCCUCCUCCUCCUGCCACGGCCGGCAUGGCUGCUGCGCCUAUCACUAUGUCUUAUUUUCGGGGUAUGGCUUAUAUUCCUUGAAUGUUUUAAAAUCCUGCUAUGGCUUAUCUUAUUUUAUGACUACGUCUUAAAAUAGGGGAAACAGGAUAUAUAUAUAUGAACAUUUCUCUUCAACCAGGCCUUGGGCUGAUUAACAUCCUAUAUAGCCUUUAAAAUAUAUUUAUUUGUGUGUGUGUGGGGGGGGGGGUGUUUUAUUGUUUUGUUGUUGUUUCCAUUAUGUAUUUUGUAUUUUCAUCUUGUCUUUUUUUUGCUGUGAACUGCCCUGAGAUCUUCAGGUGAAGGGCGGUAGACAAAUGUAAUAAAUAAUUAUAAUUACCUGUAUAACAAUUCUCUUCUAUUCCACACACCCCCAGUGCUUUUCAUAACAUGUUGUCCUCAUUCUCACACGUUUUCUUUCUGAGUUUCUAAAUUGUCACCAUCUGUGUGCAGUUUUGUCAUUCAUUUGACUUGUAAUCUGGACUCUCCUUCUUGCCUCUGGCCCUGGAGGUAGAAUAGGGCAAUGAUCCCCAUAUUGCGCAUUCAGCCAGAGAAGUUUGCCCCAGG